ACACUCACGAUGAAGAUCCAACGACCAGGAUUUGGCUUGCCAUUGAGGUUGGCGGAAUACAACUGGCGUGGCACCGGCCACGACGACGACGACAGGUUUCCACAUGCCAUCGAAGACUUCUUCGCCGUCUCUGCCGUCACUUUACGAGAGCGGCGAAUGCUGGAAUUUGUUGGGCAGAUCACCGACAAGCCAGGUUGGUGGGAAAAGAUCAAGAAGGAUGAGAUUGUUGCGCGUUGGAGACAGGAAGCUUGCGUAUCGAAUCCCAAGUCGGAAGAUGACGCUAUGCCCACAGUCGCUGACCUGGCGGCAAAGUGCCUCGCUGAGCUUCACGACAAAGCUGCCUAUCUUCAGCGACAUGGCGUCGUUCACGUUCUGGAUGUCAAAAUCACCGUAGUGAAGUCGGACUUGGACCUUACUGAUGUGUUCUGGACAUCACUCAAAUCGGCAGUGCUGGACUUCGAAAACGUUCCGGAUCGCUGCAAAGACUGGCAUCCUCAUACCAACAAACAGGUCCUUGAUCUCCUUCAUCCAUCUCUGUUCCCGCUAGAAUUUGGCAAGACCCGAGUCUUGUCAGACUCUCUGGUACCACUGGAAGGAUGUGUAGAGUAUAUCAACAAAGGCAAGAUAUGCCCAGUGCCGCGAGAGGUCAAAGAGAAGCGCAAAGUUCACAUGCAUCUCAUGUGGGACAACAUCAAAUUCAUGCAGGCCUGGGGGUCCUUUCAAUGGCUGCCUUCCGAGAUCGAAUUCCAUCAGAAUGGCAAGGCCUACAUCGCCAGCUACGUGAACAACCUUCAUCCGGAUCAACAUAAAGACACCUAUCGCGUCCUGGAGACUGCAGUCGACAAAGCAGUUCCUCUUUGGAACGAAUGUCUGUCAUGGUUCCACUCGCGGUCGCGUAUCGAAGACCGGCACAUCGGCAUUGAGGGUCUCGUCCCGCCCGUGGGAUCGAACGGCGAGACGGACGACGAUGUGGACUGGGAGGAUCCGGAUUACGACACCUGGGUGCUCAAGCAGCAGCCUUCGGCAGUCAAGUUUGCUUCCUUCGACGCGCAGGCACAGGAAGCCAAAGCCCAGCGACUGGAUCUACGCACCAGGUUCUCGGAAGGUUUGCAAGUCAUCUUCAAGCUGGCUAACGUCGUGUUAACGCCGGAGAAUCCACGAUACGAUGGCAGCAACUGGCACAUAGAAGGCUGUUUGAACGAGCACAUCGCAGCAACGGCAUUGUUCUACUACGACUCUGACAACGUUACGGACAGCCACCUCCACUGCCGUCAACACGUCGACGCAGAAGAGCUGCGCGACCAGUGCGCACAGGGUGAGGGCAUUACCAUGUGCAAGAUGUACGGUGUCAACUGGGGAGGCAGCGCCGUCCAAGAACUCGGCAAAGUCCUCACAAAGCCGGGUCGUAUACUUGCCUUUCCCAACGUGCUCCAGCACAAGGUUGGUCCCUUUCAGCUACAAGACAAGUCGAAGCCCGGACACCGCAAGAUCCUCGCCAUGUUUCUGGUGGACCCGCACGUCCAGGUGCUCUCCACGGCAAACGUGCCACCGCAGCGUCGUGAUUGGUGGGCCGCGGAAAUCCGCAAAGUCGAACUCUUCGCUAGACUGCCUGUGGAGUUGUUCGACCACAUUAUCGACGACGUGGAAGACUUACCGAUGACCUGGAAGCAAGCAUGCGAGGCGAGGGAGGAAUUAAUGAAGGAGCGGGGUGCCUUCACUGCCGAAUUUGACGAGAUACCCAGUGAGGUGAGCAAGCACGCCGGAUGUUCAAUGCUCUCUGAUUGA